AAAGGCGAAGCGCCUCACCUGCGUCAUGUCGCUGUUCUGGCGCGUGGAGACCAUCCUGGAGGCCCGGUGAACGUCUCUACUCACCCGCUCCAGCUGUAACGCAGCAAACACCAAACUUAUCCACUCGGACGGGUUUGUUUUGCUUCCUCCCGACCUGCAGCUUCACGUUCAAGAGCGCUGCGUGAUUGCGUCACUUCCUGUUAGAACCAGCCGCUCACCCCGCCCGCACCAGUAUUUGACAGGUGCAUAAACACCAUUCGGCUUAUUCCCUAAGCACCGACAUUUGUUCGGCGUCUGGACCGCGGACGGACGCAGCCCUGCCGGCGGAGGAGCGCGUUGUGGUUCGGAGCGGUUCUGGCCCGGUUUGGUGGGGCUGUGAGCUCUAACAGCGGGGAGAGAAGGAGCGACAGGGGGUGAAAUGUAGCCUCGUCCGCGGCUGUACGAUCAAGUAUCCAUCAUGCUCAGGUAGAAGCCAGACUCCAAGAUGUCCACCAUGCUGAAGCGCCUGGACAGGAUCCGGUUCCGGGGACCGAGACGGGACGAGUUCCUGGAUCUGGCCGACUCGCCCAACACCUCCGACACGGAGUGCAGUGAGGAUGUGGUGAUAAAACCUCGCAUCACCGUCCGAGAGCCGGAGGAGCUGAGGGAGGAGGGCGAGCCGCAGAUGGAUGUCCAGGCGGGUCCUGGAUCUUUUCCCACAGCUCUCCAAGACGACCCAAAAACAGACCUAAAUCAUGUCAAAGGGCUGCUAGAAGUGGCUUUGUUAGAGAAGCACUUCUUUGAGGAGGAGCUGCGGAAAUUCAGAGAGGAGUCAAAUGUGGAUUUGCUGAAACAGGAACUGGAGAAGGAACGCUGCAGGCGGGUGGAGCUGGAGCAGAAGAUGACUGAUGUCCUGAGAGCCAGACUUGAUGACUCACCAUCUCAGAGCCCGAAAGCUCCACUCCCUCCUCCACCCGCGGGUAGCAGCACAGACAAACAGAGAGACACUCUGUCCAACAGCUUCCUGAAGUGGCUCAACGAUCGCUUUGGAGUUUAUAUUGAAGACUUCCGCUUCCAACCAGAGGAGACGGCAGUGGAGACGGAGGAGCCACUCAGUGCCAGGAGGCUGACUGAAAACAUGAGGCGGCUCAAACGAGGCUUUAGACCUGUGACCAACUUCAAGAGGAACCUCUCUGCCUUAUCCAGCUGGAAUUCCGUCUACACAUCUGCCAUUGCCUUCAUUGUUUACAUGUACGCUGCGUGGAAAGGCUUGGCCGUCCCCAUGUUCCUGUUCCUCGCCAUCCUACGUCUCUCGUUGAAUAACCUCAUCUCCAGGGGAUGGAGGAUCCAGUGGAGCAUCGUACCUGAAGUGACUGAGCCAGUGGAGCCACCUAAAGAAGACCUGACGGUAUCUGAGAAGUUCCAGCUGGUUCUGGAUGUGGCUCAGAAGGCUCAGAAUCUGUUUGGAAGGAUGGCCAACAUUCUGGAGAAAAUAAAAAAUCUUUUCAUGUGGGUGAAGCCAGAGCUGACCCAGAAGCUGUAUGUGGGACUGUGGUUGGCCUUCAUCGCCUCGUGCCUCCUGCCGUUUCAGCUGCUGGGGUUUAUUAUGGGUGUGUAUGUGGGUAUCAAGUUCUUCAUCAUCGACUUCAUCUUUAAGAGUUGUCCCAAGCUGAGGCGGCGCUUUGAUACGCCCUACAUCAUCUGGACCAACCUGCCCACCGACCUGCAGCUAAAAGAGCGCAGCAACAUCACGCUGAGCAGACGGCCGUCUGAGUGUGAACAGGUUCAGCCUGCGGGAACUCGGAGCAAUGUCUCCACAGCUGCUCCUCUGGGUGUCAGCCGAGAGGAAGAUGGAGGACGAUACUACAGCACCAAGAGAGGAGCUUUCCACGAGGUCUUCAAUCUCUCAGAGAGUGAGCGCCCUCUGCCAGUGUGUGAGAACGGCUGGCGAUGCUGCCUGAUUAACCGAGACAGGAAGACGCCAACGGACUACAUCCGCCAUGGAGUUCUUUAUGUCACGGAAAACCACCUGUGUUUUGAGAGCUCCAGCUCCAGGUCCGGAUCCUCAAAAAGAAACAAAGUCAUCAAGUUGAUUGACAUCACUGAAAUCCAGAAGUACAAAGUUUUGUCCGUGCUGCCUGGGUCAGGGAUGGGUAUCUCUGUAGCAACGCCGUACACCCUGAAGCCGAUGAUUUUUGGAGCCAUGAUCCACAGAGACGAAGCUUUUGACGCAAUCUUCUCUCAGUACACAAAGGUUGUGGAUAAAGCUAAAAGCACCAACCCAGAGACGUAGGCCAUGUUGGAAACCACCUCCAUGCCCCUGAGUGUGUGUGUGGGGGCCGUGUGCUGUAGGUGGUUUCUAAUCCAGCCCCGUAUGCCUUCACAUGAUCGCAGCCUUAACACAAACUUUUCUAGUUUCUGUGGUUCCUUCAGUCAGCUGCUGUCUACAGGUUGAGCUGCUGGUCUGCUCUCAUAGUUUCAGUGUGAAUGAAUCAAAUCAGCGACAUCGUUGGUUGGGUUUGAAUCAUCUAAUUCAAGCUCUUUUUAAACUUUGGUUGUUUUUAAACCGUUUCUUCAAAAGUUGUUGUCUGGUGCAGGACCCGUCCUGACAAACAAUCCCCAAGAAGAACUUUUAGGCGUGUUUGAAAAUCUUAACCAAACGCUUCUUCAGACGUCAGUAUUUUAUAGUUUAAAUCCAGGCAGCCAAUAGGAUGCAAGAGAUCACCAGAACGUCUCCUCUUCAAAUCUAGUCCACUAACAAAAAGUGUUCAUAUCUUCAACAAAAAUGGAGAAUAACUGGAAAAUAAUUUUGUGGAUUUUGUCUGUUAGGUUAGCAUUUCUUUAAAAACUGCUGUAUGUCACACACACACACACACACACACACACACACACACACACACACACACACACACACACACACACACACACACACACACACACACACACACACACACACACACACACACACACACACACACACACACACACACACACACACACACACACACACACACACACACACACACACACACGGCUGAUGUUUCGUCACUGACCGGUGUGGUAGAUGCACGUGGUCUUUAGUUAGACGAUGACGUGGACGUGCCUUAAAGCUCGGUAACGCCACCAGGCACCUCCGCUUCACUGGCUCCUACACACUUCCAUUCACAAAAACACAAACUUCUCCCCUAAGAUGCUAAACAGAAGCAGUUACUCCCCUCGGACGUUGGUUUCAGAUUCUCUCCUUCCGGUAAAGGUCUGGCUGAAGCUUCAGUGUGGCGGUUGAGCAACGGGCUAAUGCUGCUGCAUGGCAGAUGGUCUAAGCAGGUUGCUAUCUUCAUCUAGGAUCUGUUGCCUUUCUCUACUGCUUUUGUAUUAUUAAAUGCAAAUUUCUAGUUUUUAAAGUCUUGAUGUUUAAAGACAUCUGUUUGCACAGAAACAUUUGUAUGAACAUUUUGAUUAGUUUGUAAUGUGUUUAUUUACCUAUUAAAGGAUCGAUGAGUGGAGCUGCUUGCUGCCAUUAAUCCAAAAGUCUCACACUCAGAGAAAAUUAUGCUUUGACCAACAAACAAACAUGGACUGGACGAGUUUUGCAGUGAAACUCUUGGCUGCUGCAUAAUUCUCACUCAGUUUUUCGGUAUGCUUUUAAGGUGGAAUUGUUUUCGUACACCUGGGAAGAGUGGAACAAUUUGAGAACCUGACUUAAAAAAGAUUGUUUGUAAUGUCCUGAGGCAUUUAUAAAGCUUACUCACACAAGUUCAUUAAGAUUGCAUCAUUUUCUACACAAACUCAUAAGCUUAUAGGCUUUCCACAUACUGUAUGUCAUGAGCUCACUGAGCGUCACAUUACCAGAUACAUGUUGAAGUUGUUUUGGUGAAAGUAACUUAAAGUAAUGCAAAAGUAGUGUAAUGUCUUACAUUUUAAAAUCAGUAAUAUUGUAAUGUAAUGAAUUACUUUAAAAUGAGGGUAACAAGUAAUAAAUAAUGCAUUACAGUUUUGAAGUAACUUGCCCAACACUGCUAGUUACACACUUCUGUGUUGUAUUGUAACUAAACCUUACAGUUAGCCAAUACUAGCAUUUUGUAAAUGAUAAAUGUUAAUAGAUUUAAUUGGGUUUUCCUCCAACCUAAAACAUAGUUGUACGUGUACUGCCGGGAGGGAUAUGUACUCCUAUAUAAGAUUUUGCUUUUGAUUGUGGAAAAACAUUCAGAGGCUACUAGUGCUUUUGUAUUAGUUUAGCUUUACUUUUAUCAUCUCUUCAAAUGAAAUGAAAUAAUCAUACAACUAAAAUAGUACAAAUGCUACUUUAAGAGAUUAUGUUUUAAAAUAAUUCUACCCUAUCAUAAGUAACGUACUUAAUCUGAAAUGGUUUAAUUUAGUAUGUUAUUGGAGUUUUCCCUUCAUCAAACAUAACCUUCAUGAUCAUCCUGAUCAUUUAGCCAGUCUGGCUCAAUUAGCUUGAUUGUAUGCAUCUCUAUGUGUCCAUUAAACCUAGCUUAUUGUUGCUACAACCAGUAGCUUUAAUGGUGGCUGUGUCCAAAUCCAGGGGCUUCGUCUUUCCGAGUACGCGUUUUAAGGCUGAUGACAUCACAGCGAAGCGACCAGGCUGUCCAAAUUCAAAGGAUAUUCAAAAUGCGUUUUCACAUUUGCUCGUUUUAACCAGCCCGGUGUUUCAUUGGCAAAGAAUAUCCAAGGAUUCAUUACGGGCUCAACGGGAGAUUUUUGUUCUUCUUAAAACGGCAGACUAAAAAGGAUUACAGUUUUAAAAGUAAGUUUAUUUAGUUUUUACUGCCAUAUAUUAAUAAACUUAAAGCAGUUGUGUUGUCAGGUUUUUUUGUUUGCAUAUUUGUUCUUUAAAUACAAUUUUGUCAAAUAUAAUAGUAGAAAUUCUCCUAAACGAGUUCAUGUGACGUGUCCUGUAGUUCUUUGUGUAUUGCCACUAAGUUUAGCUUUAGCUUUGUAACAGCUGGUUUAAAAGGAAAGUGAAAGCUGAAGAGAUUCUGAAGAUGCAAGUGUGAUUUUUGUAACUUCAGUAAUUCUUUAUCUUUGAGUCUUAAGCAUUCCUUUAUGGCCAUUCUUGUUUGCUUGAUUGUAGGUUAAUACAAUGAACAAAAAUAGAAACACAACACUUUUGUGUUUGGGCUAAACUCAAAUAUCUGAAAAUUCGUCUACAUCCACAAAACACCCAUGACUCUCAAAUGUUGUUCUGAAAUCUGUCUACGUGAGCACUUUUCCUUUACCAAGAUAAUCCAUCCCACCUCACAGAUGUGGCAUAUCAAGAGGCUGAUUAGACAGCAUGAAUAAUGUACAGGUGUGUCUUAGACUGCCCACAAUAAAAGGACACCCUGAAAUGUGCAGUUUGAUCAAAGAGCACAAUGCCACAGAUAUCGCCACCUUUCAGGAAACGUGCAGUUGACAUGGUGACUGCAGGAAUGUCUACCAGAGAUGUUGCCCGUGAAAUUAAUUCGCAACCAUAAGCAACAGCAUUUCGCAACCGCAGACCACACUUGACCACACCAGCCCAGGACCCUCACAUCCAGCAUGUUUACCUCCAGGAUCACCUGAAACCAGCCACCUGGACAGCAGCAGCAACAAUCAGUUUGCAUAACCAGAGAAUGUCUGCACAAACUGUCAGAAACCGUCUCUAGGAAGCUCAUCUGCAUGCUUGUUGUUAGGGGUGUAACGGUUCACAGGGGAGUGUUGAACCGUUUUGGUUCGGUCCACUUGUGUACCGUUUUGGUUUAUUUUUUCCUUUAAAUAAUGAACUUUUAUUUGCGUGAUUUAAGAGCAGCAGAUAAAAGUUCCUAGGCAAGUUUCCGCACGGACGCUGUAUUGAGUGACGCAUGAUGGCUGCACGCGCCCGAUCUCCGUUUAAAAACGUGAUCUGCAAAUUCUGAUCAACGCCUUUCAGAGCGGAUCAAACUAGCUGGCUGUCGCUGCUACUGGAGCCCGUAGAGACGCUGAAUGGGGCAUCGCUUCGCCCCUCUCCCCUUCCCUCACAAUGCAGACACGCAGCGGCAUAUAUGGAAACAAACACGUCUGCUGAACUUUCCCCUGAGACAAUUGAUGUAAAGUGUUCAUCCAACAACAAAAAAUACGGCGCAGAGGAAGCUGACUUUUUAAGGCUAGCUACAGAAAUAAAAAUAUGGAGCAUCAACAGUCAAACAUAACACUUUUCUGUAUGAGCGUGUCUCUCAUAGCGGCGCAAAUAACCUGGGAAAAAAUGGAACGGAGCUCUUCAAAACACUGAACCGAACCAAAUACCAUUUUUGAGUACCGUUACUCCCCUACUCAUUGUCCUCACCGGGGUCUGGACCUGACUGCAGACCGUCAUCGUAACCGACUUGAGUGGGCAGACGCUCACAUUCUAUGGCAUUUGGCACAUUGGGGAGGCCUUCUGUCCACAGAGGAGUCCCGGUUUUCACUAUUUAGGGCAGAUGACAGACUGUGUGUGUGGUGUUGUGUGGAUGAGCGGUUCGCUGAUGUCAGUGUUGUGGAACGAGUGGCCCAUGGUGGUGGUGCGGUAAUGGUAUGGGCAGGCAUAUGUUAUGGACAACGAGCACAGGUGCAUUUUCUUGAUGGUAUUUUGAUGCACAGAGGUACCGUGACAAGAUCCUGAGGCCCAUUGUUGUGCCAUUCAUCCACGACCAUCACCUCAUGUUGCAGCAUGAUAACGCAUGGCCCCAUAUUGUAAGGAUCUGUUCACAAUUCCUGGAAGCUGAAAACAUCCCUGUUCUUGCAUGGCCAGCAUCCUCACCAGACAUGUCACCCAUUGAGCAUGUUUGGGGUGCUCUGGAUCGGCGUAUACGACAUUGUGUUCCAGUUCCUGCCAACAUUCAGCAACUUCUCACAGCUAUUGAAGAGGAGUGGACCAACGUUCCACAAUCAACAACCUGAUACACUCAAUGGGAUGGAGAUGUGUUACCCUGUGUGAGACAAAUGGUGGCCACACCAGAUACUGACUGGUUUUCUGCCCCACCACCCCCCAUAAAGCACAACUGCGCACACAUCGGGGUGUCCUUUUAUUGUGGGCAGUUUAAGGCACACCUGUACAUUAUUCAUGCUGUCUAAUCAGCCCCUUGACAUGCCACACCUGUGAGGUGCGAUGGAUUAUCUUGGUAAAGGAAAAGUGCUCACUAACACACAUGUAGACAGAUUUCAGAUCAAUAUUUGAGUCAUGGGUGUUUUGUGUAUGUGGACACAUUGUCAGAUGUUUGAGUUCUGCUCAUGAAAAAUGGGAGCAAACAAAAAAGUGUUUCUAUUUUUGCUCAGCGUAAAUAAAGCCAAGUUGUUACUGAUCGUUACUUUUGAUGCCAAGAUGCCUGGUUGCUCCACCCCAAAUUUCCAGUUUAUUGGAAUUUGUUAAUGUGCCAGGUUAAAUGUUAGAUCUGGACACUGAACUUUUCUCACUGCUUUUUUUUCUCUAAACAAAAAGUGUUUUAUAAAAGUGUCAUUAAAACAGGUGUCAUGUUUUUAUGUCUGCUGUAAAAUUUGAUGUCAAUUUUGUAUUCAAGUAAAAUCAAAUAUCCUUCACUUA